AUGCCGUUGGUUCCACAGCCAUUCUCCCGCGUGAGGGAACGCGAUCAGCUGAGCGUGAAAGCCAAGCUAUGUUUGCGAUUCCUCCCGGUUAUUCGCACUUCGAACUACCAAAGCACUUUGAGCGCUCAACAGGUAGAAAUCAUUAAGCAAAGAGCUUCCAAAUUACACAGACGUGCAAACAAUAUGAAACUACAAGAAUCUUCGGAAUUCUCCUGGGAGGUUUGCGCGUGGCAUGAUGUAUUCGGUUUAAUUCUCGAUGACGAGUGGUUCAAAAUGGAUAAGAGGAAGUACAAAUUUGUUGAAGAAGAUGCCGAUAAAAAGAAGAUUGUUAAAGCCCGAAUUCCGGAUGCCACUUUCGGCCUCACCACAUAUGACCCCAGAGCUCUAUAUGUCAGUCGCGAUUUUCUGGAUGCUGGCCACCAAGCAGAUUACAGCAAUAAGCAACCGGACGACCGUCUCUCCCAACAUCGCCUCAAAUCCAUGACGAACAACACAAGUUGCAGCCUAGUUGUUGAUGGCGUAUGGGGAGACGCUGAUCUUGUGUUUCCCUUUGCUGUCUAUGAAGCAAAGAAACGGACAACGGACCAUCAAGAGGCCAAACAACAAAUUCAGCAUGCAUGUCAGAUAUAUUUAUCUAUGCUUGACGAUUUAGCCCGGAAUCCCGAUAAUGUUGCUGAGUACCAGAGCAUAAAGUCACCUCAUUCCCAAAUGUUUGCGUUUGCAUCACACGGAUCUCAAUGGGCGGUCUAUGUGGCGUGGACCUCUAAAGAAACAUGUAAUAUUGAGUUGCUAUGGACAGGGGACGUUGCAUCCCUUACCAAUGCAUCGGACCUUAUAUGUAUUGUGGAUCAAAUCCACGAUUACGCUGUUAAGCACCAUCGUCCUUAUGUUCUAGAUCAUCUAGCCCCAUGGCUCACUUGGAGUGAAAAGCGUCGCGAUAAUGUCACUCUAAUAGAAUGUCUCAAAUCAAAACAACGAAACUGGUGGUGCCUUGAGUACGAUAUGAGCCUAAUUAGGAAAAGUAAAUUACGGCAGGCACGAGAAAGAAGAAAAAAGGCGCGAGAUGCUUCUACAAAAAAACGCAUUGUUACGGUGCAACGAAAAGACGAUCAAAAAAUCCAGCAAAAGGUUCAGCAGAAUGAUCAGCAAAAGACUCAGCAAAAUAGUCAGCAGAAUGAUCAGCAAAAGGUGCAACAAAAGCUUCAGCCGAAUGAUCAGCAAAAGGUUCAACAAAAGGUUCAGCAAAAUAAUCAGCAAAAGGUGCAACAAAAGGUUCAGCCGAAUGAUCAGCAAAAGGUUCUACAAAAGGUUCAGCAAAAUAAUCAGCAAAAGAUUCAGCAAAAUAGUCAGCCAAAGACUCAACAAGAGACUCUGCAAAAUAGUCUGCAAAAUAUGCAAAAUAGUCUGCAAAAGAUUCUGCAAAAGUAUCAGCAGAAUGAUCAGCAAAAGACUCAGCAAAAUAUUCAGCAAAAGUUUCAGCAGAUGAAUCAGCAAAAGACACAGCAAAAUGAUCAGCAAAAGAGCCAAGAAAAAGGAAAACCAGAGUACAUAGUAAUGUAA